AUGCUAAGGUGGGACCAGGUCAUGUCACAGGUGGAAGAUAAGAGGGAGAAACGGGGAACCUUGAGGCUGAGAAUGGAUGAAGAGGGAACCUCUCAGUUCUGGCUUGGAUUUGCUCUGAAAUGGCACAUCAUAUCAACAUAUAGCUUCAUCUCUAAAAGCCAAAAGGUUAUCCAUAUUCCAAGCUUCUUGCCUCCUUCAUUGCCUUCUAAAUUCUAA